AUGGUCGCCAUAGCGGUCGGGCUGGGCGCCCUGCUGCUCCGGGCAGCGGCGGCCUGGCACCCGACGCCGCACAGUAAGGCGCCGAACGCGACGGCCGGCGAAGAGCUCUUCGAGCGCGCGGUCGCGGCCGUGCGGGGCUGCGCCGCGCAAGACGACGCGUACCUCUCGUGCGCGCUGGGCACCGAGGCGGGCGCGUGGGACUUUCACUUCCAUCGCUUCGGGCCCGCGCAGAUCACGAACCCCACGGGGCGCGGCGGGCAGCUGACGCUCGUCGAGGGCUUCGACGUGCCGCACUGCACGAGCGCGCGGGCGCCGGGCCGCCGGAUCCGCCGCGCCUGCCCGCUCGCGCCCCGGGGCUUCAACGACACGGAGGCGGUCCUCCUCACGCACCCCUGGGGCGGCAACUUCCAGCAUUACGUGUUCGAGCUGCUGCCCCGGGCCUGGCUCGCCGCCGAGCUGUUGCGACGGGCGCGUCCCGACGACGCCGAGCCCGCGUUCGUGGUCCACCUGCACAAGUACCGGCGGACGGGCUUCUUCGCGGACGCCGCGCGCCUGGCCGUGGGCACCGAGAUCGAACUUGUUGUUGAUCAGGAGGGCCGCGGGGGCUUCCGGAACGUCUGGGUGCCGCCCUACGUCGUCGAGAACUUCCGGAGUUGGUCCGCGCUGGGCCUGAAGGCCCUGCGACAUAUGCAUGCGAAGGCCCAGGAGACGUACGUAACGAGGCCGCCGCGGCCCGGGACGAUCGUCUACUUCACGCGCCGCGACGCAAGUGCCGGGAAGGGACGGGCCCUGGUCAACGAGGCGGAGCUCAUCGAGGCCCUCGCGGGCCGCGGGGCCCGCAUCCUGGACUUCAGCGCAUUCCCGACGCUCGGCGACCGCGUCCGCGGCCUCGCCAACUACUCCGUCGUGGUGACGCCGUUCGGCGCCGGCUUCGCGAACUUGGUUUUUGCGCACCCCGGCGCGCGGUGGCUCAGCGUCUGCCCGCCGACGAUGUGCAAUUCGCACGAGCGGUUCUUCCUCGACCAGCUCACCAGCGCCCUGGGCUUCCGGACCGGCGUGCAAUACACGGCCGCGACCGCCGCCCGCGCCGUCAACGACGGCGGGGGCGGCGCCGGCGACCCGAAGAACGUGCCCUACAGCGUCGACGUGCCCGCCGUCGUUCGUGCGGUCGAGGGGCUCGCGAGAAGUUAA